AUUGAAAUUGAUCAGUAUGUAGUCUCACUUUGGUUUCACUUGUUGGUCAGAGACGCGAUCGUAGCGGAGACUACCGGAGAAGGGCAUGUCCAUUGUCUAUACAAUCUUUACCAAGAACAGUCAUAGUCGUGCAGUAGCAGUCACCCCAGUCCAAUCCUCCCUCCAGUGAUGACCACCCCGACACCAGCAGGGCCAGCUAAUCGUCUGGCAAAUUUCUUCCGACCGAGAAAGCAGGCAGUCGCGAGCGAGAACAAACAUCGGCUUGAUGCCACGGUCACGAAGACGACGGAGGAGUCGUCACAGAAAUCACAGAAAUCAAUUCAGGUGCUGUGUGCCGAGAACGAGGCCCUGAAAAAUGAUAACGAUGCGUUGAAGAAACAGUGCGGCGAUUUACAAGAUCGAUUGCAACGAGUGGAACAGAGGCUCGGGAUCGUGGGUAAAGAUGGAGAUUCAGAUGACGAUGAACAGGAGGUCGAAGAAGUAGACGCCCAGCCUGAGGAUGGGGUUGACAAGCGCUGCACAGCCAGCAAAGAGGCCACGCAGUCGAAAUCGGAGAAGGAAUCUUCACCCUUCUCUUUUCAUCGUCAAGCUGGGAUGUCCAGAUAUGACCACCGAUUGCUCCCUCCGGAGCUGUGGUUGUCCAUAAUCCGCUGGGCGACCCACUCACAGUCAGUUUUCGAUUUGCCAACCUUCGAGCCCUUCCAUGCAUCCUUUGAGAGGCAAAACAAAGGAGAGGCGGGUGCUUUGGCUGUUAGGCAUGCAGUGGUUCAGGUCUGCAAGCUUUGGCGAGACUUCGGUCUCAGCAGUCUGUAUGAGGAUGUCAUGGUCCGACAUGGGGCUCCUGCCCUUGCGGAGGAGUUGGGGAAGACAUAUGGAGGUGAACAGCUUGGAACACACGUCCGCCGCCUUGAACUUCCUUACCCUUACACUGGUACUGCAACAAACACUAGCUCGGAUCUCGCAUUACAGAUUCUGCAGUCUUGCCCGGGAUUGGAAACCUUGGUGAGGCCCUUCAUGCCAGGACCUCCAGACGCGGUACGCUAUGAAUUCCCCACUCGCAGCCACCCCUUCCCAAACCUCAAGAGGCUCGAGUGGUGGCACUACAAUGAUGCUGCUCGCUCUGGGGGCAUCAACUCGCUCAUAGAUGUUCUAUGCUACUCUCCCAAUCUCCAGUAUCUUGUUGUAGGAGGGGAGAUGUGGAGUUCCGCCCCAUCUACUAGCGAUGCGUUGGUGCUCCCCGCACUGACGACACUUCGUGUACGACGCAUCAACGUCAUCUUCGUGCAAGAGAUCUGCCGAUGGCAGCUACCUUCACUUGUGCAUGUCGUUGCAGAAUUCCCGCUAGAACAGGACGGACUGGAGGACAUUUGGCGGAUGUUUGGCGCUCGCCUCUGCACGGUUGAAUUCGGACGGCACGUUGGAUUCUUGCUUAGCGAUCAAAUCACUCCCUUUCUCGCUGGCUGUCCUCAAGUCCAAAAAUUCAAUUACUUUCUUAACUUCACAUACCCACCACCAAUUUUCAACCAACCUUGCGCGCUUCAAUCCAUAUCUUUGCACGCACACCCGUGCUUCAUGGUUACCGACAUGAUCCCCAAUUCUCAAGAGCGCCUUGAGCGACACCUCGCCUUCCUCUCCAGAUCAUCGUUUCCAGCACUGCGCCGCAUAAUUCUUUAUGGCGAUUGGGGAGAUAUAAUCCCCGAUCCUCUCUUCACGGAUUUCACGCAAAGCAUGAAUUCCAGAGGCUGCUUGAUUGAAUAUGCCACUGGUGACAUGCAUUCCUGCACCCCUUCACCAAGCGCCUGAUCCCACCGAAGACGCCUCUCGACAACUGUGUAUUCAUAGCUAGAGUCUUUAUGAUUUUACUCACAUGCUUGUCAGCCACCGAAGACACUUUUAGACAACUGUGUAUUCAUAGCUGCAGUCGUUAUGUUUUUAUUUCUUUUGUACUAUAACCCUUUGACUUCUUCCUCUCCCACCUAUCUCCGACUAACGCGCCGGAGAUAUUUUUCAAUUCAAAAUCUGUUCUUGUUCCCCGUGCUAUCGAGUGUGCCGAAAUGUCAUCUCCAUGUGAAAAGUGCAGAA